UGCCCCAAAAGUGUCAUAGGCCAAAGCUACCCCGCGAUAAUCAGCAUGAUCACUGCGCAGGUACAGUUAGGAUAGUUAUCAGUGACUAGGGUAUCUGGGACAUUUCGUAGAUAAAACAAGAUGGCUCCCCCUCACCGACAGGAAAGAAAUGGCAUGGCUUUCCCCUCACCGUCGGGGAAGCAAUGAGACUAAAAGUUUCUCCUCGUCGACUUAAUAACAAAACUCCGCAUUCUUGAUAAUAAGAGGGUAUCUGGGUGCUUCGCACAUUCUCAACCGCUACUGUUGAGACGACAGACUAACUAUGGGAGGAGCAUGACUCUUUUAUAGUCUCUAAAAAACUAAUCAUUGGUUCUUAUCAUGGCCGACAUCGAAGCGGCUAGUGAUCAGCGGGGGUCAAAACCAGACCUGGCUUAUCAAGGCGAUGACUUGACCAACGACCUCAAGGCGGAACAAGAGCAGCGCAAUGUCGGCACGCUCGAGAGGAAGCUGAAGUCGCGCCACGUGCAAUUCAUGGCGCUAUCGGGCGCCAUCGGCACGGGCCUGUUCGUUGGCAGCGGCCAAGUGAUAUCGCUCGCGGGCCCGCUGUCGGCGUUCCUGGCGUACCUCAUCACGGCGUUCAACGUGUACUGCGUCGUGCACAGCCUCGGCGAGAUGGCGACGUACCUCCCGCUCCCCGGCGCCGUGCCCGUCUACGCGGCGCGCUACGUCGACGAGGCCCUCGGCUUCGCCGUCGCCUGGAACUACUGGUGGCAGAUCGCCAUCGGCGUCCCCAUCGAGGUGACGGUCAGCGUCGUCAUCGUCGAUUACUGGCCCAACGACGUCCCCACCGUUGCGCUCAUCACGCUCUUCCUGUUCGCCAUGGUCCUCGUCAAUUGUCUCCCCGUGCGCGUCUACGGCGAGGCCGAGUUCGCUUUCGGCGCCGUCAAAUUGACGACUAUUGUCGGGCUGAUUCUGCUUAUGUUCAUCAUCACGCUCGGCGGGACCCCUAGCGGCGACCGCAUCGGCUUCCGCUAUUGGCAGGACCCGGGCCCGAUGAACGCGUACCUCGUCGGUGGCUCCCUGGGCCGCUUCCUCGCGUUCUGGAAGGUCUUCAUCCAAGCGACGUUCUCGUACGGCGGCAGCGAAAUGGUCGUCAUCGCGUCCGGUGAGACGGAAAACCCGCGCCGCAAUAUCCCGAAAGCCAUCCGUCGCGUCUUCUGGCGCAUCGCGCUGUUCUACGUGCUCGCCAUCUUCCUUGUGACUCUGUGCGUGUCGUCUAUGGACCCGCGCCUGCUCGACGCCAUCCGCACGUCGGCGCCGGGCGCCGCGGCGAGCCCGUUCGUCAUCGCCAUUGAAAACGGCGGCAUCGCUGUGCUGCCGUCUAUCAUCAACGCCGUCGUGCUCACCUCCGCUUGGUCCGCGGGGAAUUCCUUCUUCUACGCCUCCACGCGCGUGCUAUAUUCCGCCGCGCUCGACGGGAAGGCACCGCGCUUCUUCACCUACGAGCGCUGGGGCGUGCCGUACGCGUGCGUCGCGGCUACGACGUUGCUCUCGCUCCUUGCGUAUCUGACUGUCAGCGAGUCGGGCGAAAAUGUCUUCUUCUGGUUCUCGAAUCUAUCUGCUGUCUCAACGCUCAUCAUUUGGUCUUCCGUGUGCAUCACGUAUCUGCGCUUUUACUACGGUCUACGGCACAAUGGCAUCUCGCGCGAUAGCUUGCCUUAUAAAGCCCCGCUGCAGCCCUAUCUGGCGUAUUUCGCGCUGUGCUUCUGUGUCGUAGUGGCCUUCUUCAAUGGCUUCGACGCUUUCUUCCCGGGCAAGUUCAGUGCCAAGACGUUCGUCCCGCCGUAUAUCGAUGUGCCGAUCUUCUUCGGCCUGUUCCUCGGGUAUAAGUUUAUUAAACGGACCAAGAUGGUUCCUUUGGGGGAGAUGGAUCUUUGGAGUGGCAAGGCUGAGGUUGAUAGGCUUGAGGGCACGUGGCCGGAGGUUAAGCCCAGGAAUUUCUUGGAGAGGAUUUGGUUCUGGAUUGCGUGAUGUGUAGAUGUAUUGAAUUGAGUAUUAUUCUCACACUCUUACUCUUGAUAUCCUUGGUCUUGUUCCUUCGAGGAUCCGUGCCUCCUAGCGCUGGCGAGGUCAUUUCCCCACACCAAUCCCAUCCCCA